CUCACACACAAGCCGGUGUUCAGAGCGCGAGGAGGACGUUUCAGUUUGAGCUCUGGAUGCACAGCUGAAGUUUGUUCCCUAUACGGAUUACUGGGACUAAAACUGAGUGUGUGUGUGUCUGUGUGUGUGAGUGUGUGGGUUAAUGUUUUCAGAGUUGGAGUGUCUCUGUAUUUGCCAAAGACACCAGUGCCAUUGUGUGUGUGUGUUUGUGAGUGUGAGUUGGAGUGUCAUUGUGUGUGUGUGUGUUUGUUUUGAGUACGGAUGUGUGUUCCACCUGUCUUGAAUCUGUGAGUGUGUCGGUGUGUUGGGAGCAUGUGUGUGUCUGAGUGAGUAUGUCUUCAAGAAAGUGUGUGUGUGUGUGUGAAUGUGUGUGUGCUGUCGUGUGGGUGUGAGUGUGUGUGAGUUUGGGAAAUGGGGGGUUGUCAGAGUUCCUCUGGUGCUGCCGAGAGUGAGGGAACACACACUCUCACACACGCCACCGCUCAUCUGCCCAACCUCAGCGACAUCAGCCUCUUCAAUCUGAAGAAUAAUAACUGGCAGGCUCCCGUGUGUGGAGUGAAGAAGCCAUACCUUCACCCAGAGUGUGUGAGCGAGAGGCUCAGCCAGAGCAGCACAGACCUCCUGAUGCUCAGCGUUCUGCCCCACGGCCUAGACCUCAACGAAUGGAUGGCCACAAACACUAUUGCAUUCUUCCAGCUGGUGACGCUCAUCUCCAGUGCUCUGUCUGAACUCUGCUCCUCCAGUUCCUGCCCCAAAGCUACUGGACCUGGAGACAGGGUGUACUUUUGGACGGACGAGUCGGGAAGAAAGCUGAAGUGUUCCGCUCCACUCUACACCGACUAUGCCCUGUCCUACAUCCAGGAACUACUGUCAGACGAGGACGUGUUUCCCGUCAGGGCAGAUGCUGAUUUCCCGGUUGGUUUCCCCUUCCUGGUGGAGAAGGUGUGCCUGUUGAUGUUCCGCACGCUGGCGCACCUCUACUGCGAGCACUACACCCAGCUGGUCGCCAUGGAGAUGCAUCCCCACCUCAACACAGUCUUCACACACCUCGUCCUCUUCUGUCAGAGCUUCAACCUGCUGGAGCCGCAGGAGACGGAACCUCUACAAGAUCUCAUCACAGCGCUCACACGCAGCUAACACACACACACAUACACACGCACACACGCACGCACGCACGCACGCACGCACACACAAACACA